UUUUAGCUCGCCUCAGAUACUUGUUUUGUGGUCUUCAAUAUUUAGUAAUUACUUAAAGCCGAGUCGUAGCGGUUGUACUUGUUUUAGUCCAUCUACAAAAUAAUACUUAAACUCGCAUAAUGACCAAAACCCGAGUAUAUGUUGUUGGUGUUGGCAUGACCAAGUUUGAAAAACCUGGGCGCCGCGCUGAUGUUUGCUACCCCGACUUUGCCAAGGAGGCGGUCACCAAAGCUCUCCAGGAUGCCAAGCUACAGUACACGGAUGUGCAACAAGCUGUUGUGGGCUAUGUCUAUGGCGACUCCACCUGCGGACAGAGGGCGGUCUAUGAAGUUGGCAUGACUGGCAUUCCCGUCUACAAUGUGAACAACAAUUGCUCCACUGGCUCGAGUGCCCUGUAUCUGGGCAAGCAGAUCAUCGAGUCGGGCAACGCAGACUGUGUCCUGGCACUGGGCUUUGAGAAAAUGGAGCGUGGCUCGUUAGCAGCAAAGUACUUUGAUCGGGCCAAUCCCAUGGAGCGUCACAUUACCGAAAUGGGAGAGCUGACAGAAAUUGGAGCUGGCCCAAUGGCAGCACAGAUCUUUGGUAAUGCUGGCAAGGAGCACAUGAAGAAAUACGGCACCAAGCCGGAACACUUUGGCAAGAUUGCCUGGAAGAAUCAUAAGCAUUCGGUUAACAAUCCAUACUCGCAGUUCCGCGAUGAAUACAGCCUGGAGCAGAUUAUGAAGUCGCCGCAAGUGGUGGAGGGUGUGCUGACCAAGCUGCAGUGUUGCCCCACUUCGGAUGGCUCGGGUGCUGCUAUUCUAGCUUCCGAACAGUUCGUGCGUCGUCAUGGUCUAGAAAAGCAAGCCGUGGAGAUUGUGGGCAUGGAAAUGGCUAGUGAUCCAGAGUCGACCUUUGCUGACAAGAGCCUCAUGAAGAUUGCCGGCUAUGACAUGACUCGCCUUGCUACUCAACGCCUGUUCGCUAAAAGCGGCUUUAAGCCACAGGAUGUGCAGGUCGUGGAGCUGCAUGAUUGCUUCUCGGCCAACGAGCUGAUCACCUACGAGGCCUUGGGUCUCUGCGGCGAGGGCAAGGCUGGCGAGUUCAUCGAUAAUGGAGACAACACGUAUGGCGGCAAAUUUGUAGUCAAUCCCAGUGGAGGACUCAUCUCCAAGGGACAUCCAUUGGGUGCCACAGGCUUGGCGCAGUGCGCCGAGCUCUGCUGGCAACUGCGUGGCUUGGCUGAGAGGCGACAAGUGCCUAAUGUCCAGUUGGCUCUUCAGCACAAUCUUGGUCUAGGUGGUGCCGUUGUGGUGGGUCUUUAUCGCUUAGGUUUCCCGGGUGCUGGUGGUGUGAAGCACAACAAGACCGCAGCAGCAAAGAUUGCGACUAGCGAGGAGGGCUUCAAAGUGUCACCACUACUCAAGUUGCUCGAGCAGGCCAUGCAAGAGGAUCAGGACAAUCUAAUCGAAAAGGUGCGCGCUGUAUAUGGCUUUAGGGUGAACAAUGGACCCCAAGGUCAGACAGGCUUCUGGGUGAUCGAUGCCAAGCAAGGCAAAGGCAAGGUCAUCUUCAAUGGCACGCAAAAAUGUGAUGUUACCUUUAUAAUCAGCGAUGAUGAUGUGUUCGAGCUGCUGAUAGGCAAGCUGCCGCCCCAAAAGGCCUUCUUCCAGGGCAAGAUCAAGAUACAGGGCAACAUGGGCUUUGCCAUGAAACUGUUGGACUUGCAGCGCUCAGCACAGGGUCGUAUCGAGGAGCUGCGCUCCAAGCUUUAAGACAACAGCAUUCCAUUGAUAUUUGCAAUUAAUUUUAAGUGGGAUUUUUAAAAUUGGAUUAUUUACAUAUCUAUUUUUUUAUA